AGCCAAAACACGGGCGUGUUACCAACCCUCUCCUGAGUGCCAGUGCACGUCCCGGCACCGCGGGGGUGCCUCGGCGACGGAGCUCCGCCCCAGCCGGAGCCGGCAGCGGGCGCUGCCAUUGACGUCUCUCCCGUCGCCAAUGCGGGGCCAGCUUGUGCAGCGCGGGACGGCAAGGAGCGGGAUCAAGGGGCGGCAUCGUGCAGUGGGAUCAAGAAGUGGCAUCCUGCAGCGGGCUGCUUCGCAUCGCCGGCCCAGCGCCCCGGCCCGGCCCCGGCCCCGGCCCCGGGGCUGAGGCGGCAUCGCUCGCGGUGCGGUCGCGGCGGGGCCGAUGCCGCUGCCGGCCGGAGCUCUGCCUCGGGCCCUAGCCGUGCUCUCGUUCUCCGUCCUGCUGAGCGCCCGGAGCGCUGCCCAGCGCCGUCCCGCCCACAGUAAUUUAUCUGCAAGCUGUUGGUCCCAUCUUCAUCCUGUAAACAUGUUCAACAGUUAUAAUUUGAAGUUCCACCACAGAAAAGCUCUCACAUCCCCAUAUCCAGGAUCACACAUUGAGCGUUGCCAAGUUCCUGAAGAUAAAGUGGGCUGGCUGACUGAGUGGGAAGAUUAUAAUCCCAUGGAGUACACUGCAAAGUCUGUUUUGGCCAGACCCAAUUGGGCAGAUCCCCAAAUCAACGAUGAAGGUUUUUCUCCCAAAUUCAAUGAGAGAGAUGGAGAAGUGGAGAGGAAGAGUCUGAAUGGCUUGUAUGUGGUCGAAAAUGGGAGACCCCGCAAUCCAGCGGGAAGGACUGGCCUCACCGGCAGAGGAUUGUUGGGGCGCUGGGGACCAAACCAUGCUGCUGAUCCUAUUGUAACCAGGUGGAAAAGGGAUGGAAGUGGCAGUAAAGUUGCUCAUCCAGUUUCUGGCAAGAACAUCUUGCAGUUUGUAGCCAUCAAGAGGAGAGACUGUGGGGAGUGGGCCAUUCCAGGGGGGAUGGUGGACCCAGGGGAGAAGAUCACUGCUACCCUGAGGCGAGAAUUUGAGGAGGAGGCCUUGAACUCUCUGCAGAAAUCCCCUGAGGAGAAAGCAAAAUUGGAGAAGCAGCUCCAGAAGCUGUUCAGCCAGGAACACUUUGUGGUGUACAGAGGAUAUGUGGAUGACCCUCGUAACACUGAUAAUGCCUGGAUGGAGACAGAGGCUGUAAACUAUCAUGAUGAAACAGGUGAGACGAUGGAUAACUUGCCUCUGGAAGCAGGUGAUGAUGCCGGAGUGGUGAAGUGGGUUGACAUCAGUGAGAAGCUUGAGCUGUAUGCGAGUCACAGCUACUUCAUCAAGUUGGUGACUGAGAAACGGGGAGCCCACUGGAGUGAGAAUCCUGGCUCUGAGUGCCACAAGUGAUGGAAACUGGGAACUGACAGACUCUGAGAGGAGAAUAUGUUUUCCAGCCUUGAAACAGAUGUCCUUGUCAUCCUCAGUGAAAAUGCUGUGAAAUUCAGCUGGGAGAAACACUGGACAGUGAUAAACACAGGGUUUUUCAGAGACUUCAGAUUGCUUCUUUUGAUUUCUUAGCUAGUGUGAAAUGAGAAGAAUGUGGAGCUCUCGCUUUGCUUUCUUGGCUUCAUUAUUUGCAGCUGUUUCAUAAUGUCUGCAGAUCUGCAUGACAGCACUGGCAUUCUGACUGCUGGUAGUUCACAGGCUCUUUGUUUUUGCACUGAUUCCUUUUCAGGAAUAUGAAUCCCUAAGGAAUGAGAGACUUGUAGGAUAACCUGAAUAAUGACUUAAAUUAAGUGCUGCAUAAUAAAGUGAAAUUUCUUUCCUGA